UUAGAAUAGUAAUUUUAAGUGCUAGUAAUUGAGUUUUAAAUUUAAUAUAUAUUAAAGUUACAUAACUUACACCAAAGUCAUUGAAUUCUAUCGAAUUCGAAUAGCAAAAGGGGCAAUUUUAGUUGCUCACUCAAGUCUCAACUAUCUUUCAAAUUCAACUUCAAUUCCCUUGUACUGCUUCUCUCCUUAGUAUUAUUAAUCCUCUGUUUGUUUGUUUAAGUAGCUUUCUUUUUGCAUUUUAUGGAUUCUGAUUCAAAAUAAUAAUUUUAUGUAAUUAGUAAUUGAAUUCUAGUUUUGAUAUGAUAUAUAUUACUAAAUACACAGUUUGAACCAAAGUUAGUGAAUUAUGUUGAAUCUGGUCUAUCCUUGGCAAAAAGUGCAAGUUUAGUCACCCACUCAAAUAUCUUUCAAAUACGACUACUUCAAUUCCCUUGUGUUGCUUUUCUCCUUAGUAUUAUAAGUACCUAUAAACUUAUAAGAAGAUAAAUCAAAGAGGUACUUUGAGAGAAGAAUAUGGCAGAAAAAGUAGUGCAUAAAUCAUGGAUAAUUCAGUAUAACUUACAUUCCAUUUUAGGAUUCCUCCUCUUGGUUUUUCUUUUUGUGUCUUUUUAUCUUAUAGGGGAUAAUAGUGAUGGUGCUAGUUUUCUAGCAAAUAAGCCUACAAGGAAAAAUUCAUCUCCGAAGUGUGAUUUGUUUUCUGGAAAUUGGAUUGUUGAUAAUGUCUCAUAUCCUUUGUACAAGGAACAACAAUGUUCUUUCAUGGCUGAUGAUUUUGCUUGUCACAAAUUUGGAAGAAAAGACUCAAAAUAUCAUUACUGGAGAUGGCAACCUAUUGAUUGUGAUCUUCCAAGGUUUAAUGCCAAGGGGUUGUUGGAGAAGCUUAAAGGGAAGAGGGUGUUAUUUGUUGGGGAUUCAUUGAACAAGAACCAAUGGGCUUCUAUGGUAUGCCUUAUUGAAACCUCUGGAAUUCCAUCCCUCAAGCCACCUAUAUGGAAAGGCAACUUGAUAACCUUUGAGGUCAAGGAAUACAAUGCAACAAUUGAUUUCUACUGGUCGCCAUUGCUAGUAGAAUCCAAUUGUGAUGAUCCGGUGAAGCACCGUGUCCGGGAUCGAAUUAUCAGAAUUGAGGCAAUUGAAAAACAUGCUAGGCAUUGGAUUGAUGCUGAUAUUCUCAUCUUUGAUUCCUUUACCUGGUGGCUUGAAGCCCAAAUGACACUUCAGUGGGGAUCUUUCAAUAGCUCCGAUGCAAUCCACAAGAAGGUUGGAAUGAAGUUGCGUCGGUAUGAGAUGGCCUUAAGAACAUGGUCAGAUUGGUUGGAAUUUCAAAUUGACCAAAAAAGGACAAGAUUGUUCUUCAUGAGCCUCUCUUCUUCUCACAAAAAUGCUACAGAUUGGGGCAUGGGAAAUGAUCAAAAUUGCUAUGGUGAAACCGAACCGAUAUCACGGAAAGAGCAUUGGGGGAGUGAAAGCGAUAUAAAGAUGAUGGAAAUAGCAGAGGCCUCUGUAAAUGGGCUGAAAAGUAAGGGAUUAAACAUACAAUAUCUCAACAUAACACAACUAUCCGAGUAUAGAAAAGACGGACACCCAUCAAUUUACAAGAGGAACUGGGUUGCUCCAACGAAAGAACAACUUUCAAAUCCAAGGAAAAAUUCAGAUUGUGUACACUGGUGCCUUCCUGGUGUGCCUGAUGUUUGGAAUCAGAUUCUUUAUGCCUAUAUCAUGGACUCCACAACAGAACUAAAGGAAUAGAGAUUUUUCGUAUGUGAAAAGAAGAAGAAAAAAGAUUCAGUGAAAUUGUUACUAUAUUUGUUUUUUUGUGCAUAGAAGCCUUGAAAUGUAUGAAGUAGUUCAACAAGAUUUACAUUAAUUUUUGUAUAUACACAUUGAGAAGCAAUUGAUGUUUCUACUAUGGAAUUUUUUUGGCUA